GUUAUUUACGUACAUUAACAACAUAAUGUAUUUUAGAGGCAGCUGAAGACAAUUCCUCUUCACUCAGUGUGGUUCAGGCAAGCCAAAGACUGGACCAACCCACUCCAAUGGCUGCUUGGAAGAGAGCUUAGCCUCCGCUUCCCUUCUGCCCAAGGUCUCCGCUGGGAGGCAACUUCCUGGCCACACGUGGCAUUAGGCAGGCAGGGCUGGGCCAUUUUUGGGCCUUUUGAACAGGGCAGGGAGUAUGGCUGAGCUACGGCUUCCCCAAACCAGAGUAAACAUUUCACGUUCCCACGCCUGAAGGCCUCCCGUGGCCUGGGCCUGCCCAAAUCUCAGGGAAGCUGCUUUCCCUUCCAUUGGUGCCAAAUCCGCUUGUGUUCUCGUGAGUGCUUCCCCUUUGGGAGCCUGGGGCAGCUGAAGGGCGAAGAUGCCCGGGAGGCCAGCGGCGCCUGCCUUCCCACCUCUGCCUUGGAGGGAAUCAUUAACCAGGGCAGCUGGGGGGGGGGGCAGGAAGCCGCAGCUGCCCUGGGAGGCCCGAGCUCUCCCUUUGGCCUGGUUCAGCUUCCCCAGCCGGCUUCCCCCUCUUCUACCACCCCCCCCGCCCAUCAGGAGAGAGGCAGCGUUCCCCGCGCCAGUGCCGGAAAAGGCCGGAGCCGCCGCUGACCUCCGCGGCUGCCGUCCUGCAUUUCUGGCAUUUCGGCCACGGCCAGGAGCCUUCUGGCUGCCUCCGCCGGCGCAGGGCGGCUGUUUCGCGGGAGGGGCUGGGGAUGAAGACGGGGCGGGCUCUGCGCCCAACCGAGGCCACCUUUCCCGAUCCGAAGCCGCUCCCCAGACGGCGCCCACGAGUCUUGCCCAGCCCGCGCGGGAGGGGAAGGGGCGGCAGGCCGGAGCGGGCUCGUUUCGCUCUCGGCGGGCAGGACGCCGCUUCCCUGGCCCGCUAGCAACCGCCCCGGAGGCCGUCCCAGCGGAAGGGCGGGCUCCCGUCCCGCUCAUUCCGCUGACAGAGGGCUCCGGGGCGGUGCCGAGAGCGUCCCUUCUGCCGGCCGCCCCGCCUGUCCCGCUCGCUUCGGCUGCGCAGAAGGGAGCGCCCCUUUCCACUCGCGCCGGACGGUCGGCCGGCUCGGCUCAGUCCCGGCCGGAUCCUCCCGCGGGCCGCGCUUGGCUCUGCCGCGAUGAGAAGCCGGGAGGCGCAGCCUUGAAGGCGACAGGUACCACAAAGGCAUCUGCCAUGGAAGCUGACGGUGAAGGGGAAAUGGAACUCCUGAGCAGCAGCAUUGCAGCCUAUGCACAUAUCCGAGAUAACCUGGAGAGUGUGGGCCUCUACUUCGUGCUGGGUGUCUGCUUUGGUCUGGUGCUGACGCUCUGCCUGCUGGUCAUUCACAUCUCAUGGCACCCUCAAGCCAUCCCCCCCAAGCACCAAAAGAGCCUGCAGGACUUGAGUGAGGACGAGGAGGAGGAGGAAGAAGAGGAGGAGGAGGAGGAGGAGGAGGAGGAGGAGGAAGAAGAUACAAGCAACCAUGCACUUUCUGUCCCCACCUUAGCCAUGACAGAGCUGCCCCUGGUAUCCCCCAGCACCCCUGAUGAAACCCUCACAAUCAGUGUCUUUGCUUCGGCUGAGGAACUGGAACGUGCCCAGCGUCUGGAGGAGCGUGAGAGGGUCCUCAGAGAAAUUUGGCGUAAUGGGCAACCAGACAUUCUAGGAACCGGGACUGGGACCAUCGGGAGAGUCCACUACUAUUGAUCGACCUCUUCUUUCAUGCCUAAGCUGAGUAGGCACUCCUUGAGGCACUGCAGCAAUCACAGACCUUGAACUAAGAGGGAUAAUGGCGGAUGGGAAGGGAGAGGUCUUCCCCAGUGUAUGUGAUUGACUGUGAGCAUCACACACAGCCAGUGGGAGCCUCAAGGAUCAAUUGGGCAGGACUGUGACAGGGACACUAAGAGGACCACGCCUAGGUACCAACUUCUCUGACCUUGUGGGGGUGGGGAGGGAGUCUGUUAUGGGUUCUGAAAAGUUCUUACAGCAUCCCCUAAUGGAUCUGGAAGGGAGGAGGCUUCAGGGACUUUGGGCCUGCUCUGUGGAAGGAUACAAGACCUUCAGGGUUAAAACCUCCAACAGCUGAAGAAACUGCGCUCAGUAUGAACAGCCCAUCCCAAUCUUAGCUGACCUGCUUGUCCUGGGCUGGCGCUGUGCCCAGGCAUGUGCUCUGCACCCACUCUUUCUUUCCCCAGUUGGUGGGCAGGCUCUUCUCCCAACUUGCCAAGCCAUGGGAAAUUCCCCCCCCCCCCACACACAAUUCCUUAUCUGAAGUACUGUAUCUUAGGCUACUCUCCUACAACAUGGUGACUCUCCUGGAAUUUGCUGUGAAAUUUCUUGUUUUCUAAAAAGGGGUUCAGCACUGGGGGAUAGGGGAGUCUGAUGAGUCCACCAGUGGCCUCUCAUGGACUGAAGCUGGGGCCGGCAGAGAAGGGCUGCAGAGAGUCCUGUGCCUAGUGCCCAGGUGCUUUGUUCUGUUAGUUCCUCACUGAAUGCAGCGGUUAACUGGUAGCAGAUACUCAAUUUAGUGUGUAAAACUGCCUUAUCUUUUAUAAAACAGUAUUAUU